AUGUUUUUCGCCCUCAUCUUUGUGUGCACGCGAAUCGCGCAGAUUGUCACCUUGAUCCCCAUCAUGGGCAUGCUCGCCUGGUUCGUCAACAUCUUCGUCGCCAACAACGCCCUGACCCCGGACCCCAUCCUCAUCCUCUUCAUCACCUCGGUCCUCGCCCUCGCCUGGGCCGUCUUCACCCUCUUCAGCUACCACCGCUCCUCGGCCAACGCCCGCUUCGUCGCCCUCGUCGACCUCGGCAUCUUCGGCACCCUCAUCGCCGCCGUCUACCUGCUGCGCGGCAUCGCAGACGCCGACUGCGUCGCCGCCCCGGCGCUCGACCGCCUGUGGUACCCGCGCGUCGGCGCGCCCGGCGGCCUCGGCUGGGGCCCGCCCGACAAGCCGUGCGCCAUGCUCAAGGCGUGCUGGGCCCUGGCCAUUAUGAACAUCAUCUUCUUCUUCACCACGGCCCUGGCCGCCUUUAGCCACGGCGACCACCUGAGUGCCUACGACGGCCGCCGCACCUAUCGCUCCUCCCACGGCGGGCGCAGUCGCUCGGGGCACAGCAGCCACCGGAGCUCGCACUCGCGCACCCACCGCGUCUACGUCUAG